AUGGCAAAGCUCCGCUCCGUUUUUCAGAUCGUGUUCUACGAGGACAGAAACUUCCAGGGCCGCUCGUACGAGUGCAGUAGCGACUGUGGCGACCUGCACUCCCACUUCAGCCGCUGCAACUCCAUCCGCGUGGAGAGCGGCGGCUGGAUGGUGUACGAGCGCCCCAGCUACAUGGGCUACCAGUACUUCCUGAUGAAGGGAGAGUACCCCGACUACCAGCGCUGGAUGGGCUUCAACGACUGCGUCCGCUCCUGCCGCAUGAUCCCCCAGUACCAAGGCUCUCACAAGAUGAGGAUCUACGAGCGCAUGGACUUCAGCGGCCAGAUGAUGGAGUUCUCGGAGGACUGCCCGUCCCUGUACGACCGCUUCCGGUACAACGACAUCCACUCCUGCAACGUGAUGGACGGCUACUGGCUGUUCUUCGAGCACCCCAACUACAGGGGGCGCCAGUACCUGCUGAGGCCGGGAGAGUACCGGAGGUUCAACGACUGGGGCGCCGUGAGCUCCAGGAUCGGCUCCAUGAGACGGAUUGUACAUUAA